AUGUUCAACAAAACAAAAAUGUUUGAUUUUCUGCUCCUGGAAUUCUCAGAUGUUCGAGAACUUCAGUUUCUACAUUUCACUUUUUUCUCCAUGCUGUACUUGGCAACUGUGACAGGAAACCUCCUCAUCAUCUCUUCAAUUGCCUUAAACCGCCACCUGCACACCCCCAUGUACUUCUCGCUUAUGAACUUGGCCAUGCAGGAUAUUGGUCAAGUUUCAGUCAUUGUCCCCAAAUCCAUGAUCAAUUCUCUCCUGAAUACCAGACUCAUUUCUUACUCAGGGUGUGUUGCUCAGGUCUUUUUCUUUUUCUUCUUUGCAACGUCUGAUUUCUGUCUCCUCACAGUCAUGGCAUAUGACCGGUAUGUGGCCAUUUGCAAUCCCUUACAUUAUGAAAUGGUAAUAAAUAGACAAGCCUGCAUUGAAAUGAUUGCUGGUGUUUGGAUCGCGGGUUUAGUCAAUGCAGGAAUGCACACCAGUGGGACUUUUGCUACCAAUUUCCGCACUAAUAUUGUCAAUCAAUUCUUCUGUGAAAUUCCACAGCUAAUAAAAUUGUCUUGUUCUGGCUUAAAUCUAAUAGAAAUGACUAGUAUUGGGAUUAGCAUUUUCCUUGCGCUAGGCUGUUUUAUCUAUAUCCUUGUAACUUAUGUGCAAAUUUUCACCACUGUGUUAAGAAUGCCUUCUGCAAAGGGGAGGCAAAAGGCUUUUUCUACUUGCAUUCCCCAUCUCACUGUCUGCUCCAUAUUUAUGAUCACUGGCUGUUUUGCCUACCUGAAGCCUACCUCUCAGAGCCCAUCAGAGCUGGAUUUGAUAUUUGGUGCAAUGUAUUCCUUGGUUCCACCCAUAUUGAAUCCAGUGAUUUACAGUAUAAGAAACAAGGAGGUCAAGAAAGCCAUUGCAAAGGUUUUAGGUUUUAGGGACUUUUCUUUAAAUACAUGA